GGAAGGAGAAUGCCAGCUUAUGAUGGAAGGAAGAGCCUGUAUAUGGCUGGUACUUUUCCUUUUGAGUCAAAGGAGUUCACGGUUUCACUGCCUGAAAAUGAUGGAAGGAAGGCCAAGGAUUUUAGAGUGAUUAUUAAGCUUGCUGGAAACACAAGCAUACACAACCUGAAGGAGUUUUUAGCUGGUCGACAGAUUGAGGCACCUCAAGAAGUCAUUCAAGCCCUUGAUAUUGUUCUUAGGGAGUCUCCAUCUACCAAGUAUACUUCGGUAGCACGGUCCUUCUUUUCCCCGAGCUUUGGGCAUCGGGCACCCAUUGGAAAGGCUUAGAAUGCUGGAGGGGCUACUAUCAAAGCCUUCGACCAACACAAAUGGGCUUGUCUUUGA